CGUGAACUCGCCUGUCACAGCAUCAAACCCAACAUGCACAGUAUGUUCAAAAUUGGUGGGGUAUGAAAUGUUGGGUUUUUCUGACUCUUUCAAUACUGCUUUCUUCAUCUUUCCUUUUAACAUUUUCUUCUUCCUGUCAUCUGAGUCAGGUUCUUUGGGGAGGGGUCGCAUGUCCACCGGUAAAUUUGGAGUGGAGUCUCCCCGGUUACUUGUCAGACGCACAGGAGGCGCCGGAGGCUUGUCUUCGUCGUCUGACAUGAUGACACUUGACUACCCCAACUCAAUUACAACCUGCCCACUGCUCCAAACCUUCCUAACGUCUUUCUGGGAGGAUACUUUGUCAAUCGCCCUUACACAUUCCAGAGCACUUAAGUGUUGGUCAAACUAAAAGGAAAAGUAAUUACUCAUGGCAAUAUCCCUUGCUAAUUUUCUCUCUACAAUAACCCCUUUGUCGCCGCCAUGAGCCACCCCCAUUAAAGCAAAGAUAAUGUACUCCUGCGAAGCGGAUAUCAGUGAUACAGGUGACACUUCUCUGAAGUUAAUAUUUCGAGUAAAAAAUGAGCAGAUUUCGAACUUGAGUUCAUUUCAAAUAGUUUUUGACGAAAAAUCAAACAGUCAUAGUUUUUAAUACAGAAACAAUAACUCUUUGGAACUUUAUAAGAUGAUCCUUUGGGAUGAGAGAAAUAAACUUGCCUAAAGAGUGUAGCACCAUCUCGGACUGCAAGGACAUGGAGUAAACAGCACUGCUGUCAGAACUUGACCCUCUAUGAAUUUGUAGCACAGUACGAAAUGCUCUUGCAAAGUAGUGCAUACAUUUGUGGACUCAAUAUAAUUUGAGAUUGACGUCCCUUUCUUGAAUCACAUAGUAUUUAUUAAUUAGUUGCAGUUGUUACUGUUACAUCGAUUACAUUUUUUUGCUUAUUUUAAACGCUCUUAAGAACACUCAAUUUUCAUCAUGAAGAAAAAGGUCUUAUUGAUGGGGAAAAGUGGAUCAGGGAAAACAUCAAUGCGAUCAAUCAUAUUUGCCAAUUAUAUAGCCAGAGAUACUAGGCGGUUAGGUGCUACUAUUGAUGUUGAACAUUCUCAUGUGAGAUUUUUAGGAAAUUUAGUUCUUAACUUAUGGGACUGUGGAGGGCAAGAAGCUUUUAUGGAAAACUAUUUUGUUAGUCAGAGAGAUAACAUAUUUCGAAAUGUAGAAGUGCUUAUUUAUGUUUUUGAUGUCGAGAGCAGAGAAAUAGAUAAAGACAUGCAUUAUUAUCAGAGCUGUCUUGAAGCUAUUUUAGAAAACUCUCCUGAAGCUAAGAUUUUCUGUCUUAUUCACAAAAUGGAUCUUAUUCAAGAGGACCAGCGGGACCUGAUUUUUCGUGAAAGGGAAGAAGAUUUAAAGAGAUUGUCAAAACCUCUUGAAUGUACUUGUUUUAGAACAUCUAUUUGGGAUGAAACAUUGUAUAGGGCAUGGUCAUCUAUUGUGUACAUGCUGAUACCAAAUGUUAAGGAACUUGAACAAAGCCUCAACCAUUUUGCUAACAUCAUUGAUGCAGAUGAAGUUUUGCUCUUUGAACGAGCUACUUUCCUGGUGAUUUCCCAUUGCCAAAGACGGCAUCACAGGGAUGUGCACCGCUUCGAGAAAGUAUCAAAUAUAAUUAAGCAAUUCAAACUUAGCUGCAGCAAAUUAGCUGCACAGUUCCAAAGUAUGGAAGUUCGUAACAGUAAUUUUGCAGCUUUCAUUGAUGUGUUUACAUCCAACACAUAUGUAAUGAUAAUGUCAGACCCGGCUAUACCUUCUGAAGCCACUUUAAUUAACAUACGAAAUGCAAGAAAACAUUUUGAAAAGCUUGAACGUGUGAGCCAAACUCAGAGUGCACUGACAAAGUAAAAAGUCAAAUUUGCUGCUGUUGACUGAUUUACUUUUCACUUAUGCCCAUUCUUUUGCACCAAGCUUUCUUCCGGACAUCAUGUACAUAUCCAGCAACGCAGAAUAAGCUUGGAAGCAGACUGAUACUUGCCAGUUAUUGAUGACCAAACUUUGCAGCCAUAUUUAAGUGAUAUGAAUGAACAAUGUUAAUAGAGAUAUCUAUAUUAUAUAUACAUACUUGUGUAAUUGUGGGAAAAUGUUUGCAUGUAUGUGUGUAUAUAAAUCUUUUACAUGGGACACUUGUUAUUUUGAAAAAUUGAUACUUUUUUUACUCAUUACCUGUGGUGUUCAUUUUGGACCUCCCACAAUGUCCUUUCCCUUUUCAAAUGAAAAUAUAUUUUUUUCUUUAGGUACUUCCUUUUUAUCAUUUAUCAAACUAUUGUUGGUUUUCUUAAUCAAUGCAGGAUUGCAUAUUUUCCAAAAAACUCUAUUCCCCAAAUUACUAUAAUACUAAUAAGAUAACAAAUAUGAUGUUGGUUCUUUUCAAAUAUAUUGUAGAUCCAGAAAUGAAUCCUGUUAUAUGAAGUGCGCCCUAAGUUUCCAGAAGUUUGAAGAAAGCAUUUGUAUUUCUGAUCUAUGGUCAAUAAUGUUUUUAAAAGGGAGUAUUGGAAAGUCCUCUUGGAAGUAUUAUUGUGGUCAGGCAAGUUCUUUUGAAAUUGCCUUUUUUUCUGUUCUGCGAGUUGUAACUUUGUUUUAGAUUGUUAUGGAACUAAUCACUGAGGAUUUUUUUGCAAAUAUCUUUCGAUUUUGAGUUGGCAUGUGAUUAAAAAACAUUCCUUGAACAUUUGAAGUGUGCAUUUGGAGAUUCGUCCUCAUUGCAAUCAACCUUUUAUGAAUGGUACAGUAAAAUCUGUCUAAACCAGGACCUGUACUAGCCGGAAAUCUGCCUUAAUCGGAAAAUUUCUCUGGCCCAUUAAGUUAUAUGGUAUUUUACAGAGCAUAAAACUGAAUCUGUCUAUUGCGGAAACAGAACAGAUUUUCAUGUCCUAAUUAGUGCAAAUUUAAUGCGAUUUGGCAGAGACCUGAGAUACUCUUAAUGUAAUGACUGCAUAUGCAAGCCUGUUAUAAAUACGCUCUACCGUGCAAUUUAGUCAUGGCAACUACUCUAAAAGAGAGGUGCUUCAGUUGACAGCGUAGAAUUCGACUUUGGGGUCACUUG